AUGCAAACAUGUCCAGGGCCCCGAGCCCCCCACCUCCGUCUGAAAUGUCCAAUGCGCCCAUCGCAGAAAGCUGGUGCUACACACAGGUUAAGGUGGUAAAGUUCUCUUAUAUGUGGACCAUCAACAAUUUCAGCUUCUGUCGUAAAGAAAUGGGCGAAGUUCUCAAGAGUUCUACAUUUUCAGCAGGCACCAAUGAUACAUUGAAAUGGUGCCUACGCAUACACCCCAAGGGUCUUGAUGAAGAGAGUAAAGAUUACCUAUCGUUGUACUUGUUAUUGGUCAGCUGUCCCAAGAAUGAAGUCUACGCCAAGUUCAAGGUUUCUAUUCUUAAUGCCAAGGGAGAGGAAACCAAGGCUAUGGAGAGCCCGCGAGCAUACCGCUUUUUCCAAGGAAAAGACUGGGGAUUUAAAAAAUUCAUUCGAAGAAAUUUUUUGCUUGAUGAAUCUAAUAGCUUGCUUCCAGAUAACAAACUGACACUCUUUGGUGAAGUUAGUGUGGUGCAGGAUUCCGUGAACAUUUCUGGUCAAUCCAGCAUGAGUACAUUGAAAGUGCCAGAUUGCCGGCUGGCAGUUGACUUCGGGGAGAUCUGGGACAAUUCCCGCUUCACUGACUGCCUGCUUCGUGUUGGUGGCCAGGAGUUUAAAGCACACAAGGCCGUAUUGGCAGGUCGGUCACUUGUUUUUAAUGCUAUGUUUGAACAUGAAAUGGAAGAGAGGAAAAAGAAUCGAGUGGAGAUUAAUGAUGUGGACCCUGACGUGUUCAAGGAAAUGAUGAGUUUUGUCUAUACGGGAAGGGCUCCAAACCUGGAGAAGAUGGCUGAUGAGCUGCUGGCCGCUGCUGACAAGUAUGCAUUAGAGAGGUUGAAGGUGAUGUGCGAGGAGGCACUAUGCACAAACUUGUCGGUGGAAAAUGUUGCAGAGACUUUGAUCUUGGCCGAUUUGCACAGUGCAGAGCAGUUGAAGGCCCGGGCCAUUGACUUCAUAAUAAACAGGCAAGUCUAUCAUGCGAUGGACGUAAUGGAGACGGCGGGCUGGAAGUCCAUGGUUCUGUCUCGCCCUCACCUGGUUGCGGAUGCUUUCCGUGCCUUGGCCACGGCCCAGUCUCCACAGCUGGGACCUCCAUGCAAGCGUCUCAAACAGACUUAACGGUGGCAGGCAAAGAACAUCUAUGACCAGGAAAACUUGGGCUGCACGGUGCGGUUAUUUACCUGUGGCCUCCAUGCAAACAACCGUGAAGACUUUGCAUCAGACUACCAACUUUCCUCUGCUUUGAAAAUAAUGUUAAUUUAAGCAAAUAUGUUUACUUUCACAAAAAGGUGGCCAAAUUAACUUUACCAUGUAAUAUAGUGCUACAUCUAUACAUCUACAACUCUAUAAACAAGUACAUAUGUAGAAAAAAUGGAAAACUACAACCUAAU